UUAGUCAUCUUUAAUCAGGUUCAUUCCAUUCAAAACCUUCUCCACAAUUUCUACUCUAAUGGCCUCAUCUGUGGGGACUUUGAAGAGGUCCGAUUCUAUUACAGAAAACAUGCCGGAGGCAUUAAGGCAGAGCCGGUAUCAUAUGAAGAAGUGCUUCUCUAGGUACGUCGAAAAGGGAAGAAGGAUCAUGAAGCUGCAAAAUCUAAUGGAUGAAAUGGAGAAUGUGAUCGACGAUAAGACCGAGAGAUCACAGGUCUUGGAAGGCGUACUAGGAGACAUUUGGAAUUCAACUCAGGAAGCAGUUGUUAAUCCUCCAUAUGUAGCUUUUGCUAUAAGGCCAAGUCCCGGAUAUUGGGAAUUCGCAAAGGUUACUGCCAAUGAUCUGUCGGUGGAGAGUAUUGAUGCUACAGACUACUUGAAAUUCAAAGAGAUGGUAUAUGAUGAGAACUGGGCAAAGGAUGACAAUGCAUUGGAAGUGGAUUUUGAAGCAUACAACUUCUCUAUGCCUCGCUUAACUCUAUCUUCUUCGAUUGGAAAUGGAUUCAAUUUUGUUUCGAAAUUCAUAACAUCAAAGCUAAAUGGGCGCUUGCAGAGUGCUCAGCCUCUUGUCGAUUACUUACUGUCGCUAGAACAUCAAGGAGAAAAACUUAUGCUCAAUGAGACUCUCAAUACUCCUGAAAAGCUUCAGAUGGCGCUAAUAGUCGCUGAUGUUUUCCUUUCAAAACUUCCCAAAGAUGCCCCAUACCAGAACUUUGAGCUAAGCUUUAAGGAAUGGGGUUUCGAGAAGGGAUGGGGUGAUACUGCUGAAAGAGUGAAGGAGACGAUGAGAGCACUCUCGGAAGUGCUUCAAGCACCAGAUCCUUCGAAUAUGGAGAAGCUUUUCAGCAGACUUCCAGCGAUAUUCAACGUCGUGAUUUUCUCUCCUCAUGGUUACUUUGGUCAAGCAAAUGUCCUUGGAUUACCGGAUACUGGUGGGCAGAUAGUUUAUAUUCUAGACCAAGUGAAAGCUUUGGAAGAGGAACUGCUCCUCAGGAUUAAGCAACAAGGGCUAACUGUGAAGCCUCAAAUUCUAGUGGUGACAAGACUCAUACCGGAUGCUCGUGGAACUACCUGCAACCAGGAGUUAGAAGCAAUCUAUGACACAAAGCACUCCCACAUUCUCCGGGUUCCCUUCAAGACGGAAAAUGGGGUUCUUCACCAAUGGAUUUCUCGCUUUGAUGUUUAUCCUUAUCUUGAGAGGUUUACACAGGAUGUCACAGUUAAGGUCCUAGACAUCAUGGAAGGAAAACCACAUCUCAUCAUCGGAAACUACACUGAUGGAAAUUUAGCAGCUACUCUAAUGUCUAGUAAACUUGGAGUAACUCAGGCAACAAUCGCGCAUGCUUUGGAGAAGACAAAGUACGAAGAUUCAGACAUCAAGUGGAAGGAAUUGGAACCAAAGUACCACUUCUCAUGCCAAUUCAUGGCGGACACAAUGGCGAUGAAUGCAACUGAUUUCGUUAUAACAAGUACAUACCAGGAGAUUGCAGGAAGCAAAGAGAGGCCUGGACAAUAUGAGAGUCAUGUUUCAUUUACCAUGCCAGGGCUUUGCAGAGUUGUUUCCGGCAUCAAUGUCUUCGAUCCCAAAUUCAACAUCUCUUCUCCUGGUGCUGAUCAGUCCAUGUAUUUUCCUCCCACAGAGACAAACAAACGGUUCACGUCAUUUCAUCCUGCCAUUGAAGAGCUACUCUAUAAUAAAGAGGACAAUCAAGAACACAUCGGAUAUCUGGCAGACAGGAAGAAACCUAUUAUCUUCUCUAUGGCUAGGCUUGACGUAGUGAAGAACAUUGCUGGAUUAACCGAGUGGUAUGGGAAGAACAAGAGGCUAAGAAAUUUGGUUAAUCUCGUCAUAGUUGGUGCUUUCUUUGAUCCCGAAAAGUCCAAAGAUAGAGAGGAAAUGUCUGAAAUAAGAAAGAUGCAUUCUUUGAUAGAGAAAUACCAACUUAAGGGUCAGUUCAGAUGGAUUGCAGCACAGACUGACAGGAAGCGAAAUGGGGAGCUUUAUCGUUGCAUCGCUGAUACAAAAGGCGCAUUUGUGCAGCCAGCUUUAUAUGAAGCAUUUGGUCUUACAGUCAUUGAGGCAAUGAACUGUGGAUUGCCUACUUUUGCUACAAAUCAAGGAGGCCCUGCGGAGAUCAUUGUCGAUGGGGUCUCAGGUUUCCUUAUUGACCCCAACAAUGGCGAUGAAUCAAGCAACAAACUAGCUGAUUUCUUUCAGAUGUGCAAGACAGAUCCUGCAUAUUGGAACAAGAUUUCAGAACAAGGCUUGAAACGGAUAAACGAAUGCUUCACUUGGAAGAUCUAUGCAAACAAAGUGUUGAACAUGGGUUGUAUUUAUAGCUUUUGGAAGCAACUGAACAAAGAGCAGAAACAAGCUAAGCAGAGAUACAUUGAGUUGUUCUACAACCUCCAUCUUAGGAAACUGGUGAAAAAUGUGCCUAUACAAAGUGUUGAAGCUCCACAACCAGUUCCAAAGCCAUUAGCCAAAACACAGACCACACAACGCAAGAGGUCACAAUCUGGAAUCCAAAGGUUGUUCAGAAGUGGAGCAUAAACUUACAUACUGCCUUGUGCUGCUGAUCAUGUCUCCACUGAAGCUAUUUUCUAUUUAUUUAUUUUUCUUUCCACAUACAAAGGAAAGUUCUUGUGUGAUUAUUUGCCAAAAUAAAGAAUUGUAAUUUCUCAUAUAAAUAAAAUAUACAAUUCUGGGUUUG